GCCUGCCGCCGGGCCGCGGGCCUGGACGGGGAGGGGGCGGCCCUGGCGGCGGCCUCCCCUGGGGUGGGGGUCUGCGCCGGCGCGCGGGGGACGCGGCCCGUCGGGGGGGAGGUGACGGCCUGGUGGGAGGCAGGCGGCGCCCAGCCGGGCGUCUCCGGCGUGGGGAGCAGGUGACCCUCGGGCUCAGGCGCCUCGGCUUCCAGCCUCUGCGUCUGGGGGGCCCGGUCGAACUCUGGGUGUCCGGAUGGAUGGGGUCUGGGGAGCGAGCGACUAAGGGUUUGGGGGCUGGUUUGCCUGUAUCAGUGGGCCAUUCUUAAAGAUCAGCCUCAAAAUCUCCCCGCAGACCUGCUUUUUGAGAUGCAGUAGCCGUGCUAGGAGGAGGAUUGCUGCAUGGGAGGCAGUGCCCUGAGCCUCAGUUUCCUGUUGUGUGCAGGAAGGGGUCGGCAUACAGGGGUCUCUAAAGAGCCUCUCAGGUCUAAUAAUAAUAAUAACAGCACAACUCUUGGAAAGAUAAAUGAUUUUUAAAUGCUUAGGUCUCCAGGACCCUUGAAUGGUAUAUAAUUCUGGGUGAACCACACUAGGUCAUAUGAGACAGAGGCACGGCUUUCUUUAUAAGUCAGAUAAGUAUGAUUAUAUAUUUUUCCGCUAAUGAAUGAAUCCUGGAGACCCCAUCCGUUUAGGAUACUUCGGGGUAGGAAGGGUGGGUUAAAUCCUGUGAAAUAAGAACCAGAAGAAUUCUGCCCCCUGCCCCCAACAGUUUGAGAAUGCAAGCUUAUUAAUCUCAUGUAUUAUAUUUACAGCUCCACCUCUCUGGCCAUUUCUUUCUGCUUCGGGUAAUAUUAAGCCACAAGUUUACUGGGACUGAUGAAAUUACAGCAAGGGGCUUUUAUUUGAGGGUGGUGGAGGGGGUGCGUUCCUGUGGCCCCUCAUCAGCUAUACAGUCCUCCAAAUCUGGAAAUGGAUAGAGACAGUCUAAUAAUAGAGAGCAGAGAACUGGUUAUUUUCUUUUGAGCUCUGAUUAGACUAGUUAGUAAAGACGUCUUGCUCUAAUGGCUGUAUUUACUGUCCUGAAGCUUUUCUUCAUUGUUUCAGUUAAACCCCAGCAUUACUCAGGGAGACUGACUUGGCCCCUGGGGAUUUUCCCUUCUUCCUGCUAGUUGUAGGCAAAUACUCUAAUCCCCCUGUGAGGACAGGGCGGUACAUGUGCCUAUUGUGUUGCAUUACGCUGGUCACUUUCCCUGUGUCUGAGGCUCCCAUCCCAGAGGGUCAUCCAGUCUUGCCCUCACCUGCGAAGGGUUGAGAUGCGGCUUCGUUGUUGAUGAGCCUUCAGGUUCAGGGGUCUGUGACACCCUUGAGAGUGCUUGCGGAAUUUUGUUAUGUGCCCACGUGUGUUUUUUAAGGGGGAGUGUUCAUAGUUUUCAUUAGCUUUUCAAAGCAUUCCCGGACCCCAGCAUUAGAUGGAAAUGUCUACAGGCAGAGCCUUCCCACAGGUCUUUGUUUAAUCUCCAAGCCUCCAAAUCUUAGAGGUAAAAAGGAUGCAGAACUCUUACUGACCAGCUGUCGCAGUUAACAGAUGUGGCCUAGAGGCAACCUACAGUGUAGGCAGAAGCCCAGCCUCUGGAGCCAGAGCGCUGUGUGACCUUGGGCCAGUUACUUGGCCUCUCCAAGCCUCCACAACGGCUUGUGCUUAAGUGUGGAUCAGAUUUUAGUCAUCCCUGUUUAUAGGAUUUUGUGAAGAGUACAUUAGAUAACCCUUUAAAACACAGUUCAUGGCACAUAAUAAAUGCCAAAUAAUUGUCAGCUUUUACCUGACGAAUGAGCCCUCACAUCUGGUUCCCUGAAAAGCUAUUGGAUUGUACUGCUUCAAAAUCCUUUGGCCUGAACAAGGCCUUAAAUCUUCAAUCCUUGUCUUAAGAGUGUGACGCUGUCUCAGUUAAGCUGCGCAGAAGUGAAUGAAUGAACAGAUGAAAGAAAGAAAGCAAUAGAAGGUAUAAAUAGGUUUAGAUGAGUCUUUGAUAGAUGAAUGACUCUAGGAACUUCAUUAUUAACUCUCAUAAUUUUUGUAACCCAAUCAUUGAUACUAUUCAUUCAGCAGACAUUUCUUGAGCACAGACUGUAGUUCAGACUGGACACCAGGGAUAUGCUAAUUUUCAAGCGAAGAAAAGGGAAACUUCAGUUACUUUAAAGCUUUUAUAUGGCGUAUAGUAAUUGGCCAUUCAGCAGUUUCAUUGAAGGAAGAGUAUGAGCAAAUGGACAAACGUUGAUGUAGAAGAAAUUCUGUUCAGUUUCAAUAAACAUACUGAUUGUCUGGAUAGACAGAUACAGAGCUGGUUACUCAGAAGACCUUAGCUUCACCUCUGUGAUGACACAAGUAUUCCCUGAACAUGGACGCGGCAAGGUGGGGAAUGGGGAGUGUGUGAAUAAUUGAGGCCCCAUCAAGUGAUUGAACGAAUCGGUCUUUAUUUUGGUUCCAGUCCCCACCAACCUGGACACAGGUCCCAGAACUGGCUGACUUCAGCUCUGCUCCCCAUUCUUCCAGGCCUCCUUUCCUCCUCAUUCCCCACCUCAUGAACCAUGAGGAAGACUCUGGGUGGCCAGGGUCCACCUGCCUCCGGGGACCAUCUGCCCUGGGGACCUUGGCUCCCACGGGAGAGUCUGAAUUGCCACGCCCACACCUUUCUCAGUAUCUGUCUUCUCUGCGAACAGCAGGAGCCAGCCCGAAUGCCCGGUAGCCCAUUCAGCCUCUCCAGCAGGGGCUGGGUCCAUACAGCGUGUCUCAGAGGCAAACCUCUACCGUAGAGAAAUGUUGUCAACAAUUCAGCUUUCAUCAAAGAGUCUGGGAAACUUAAGCUAUCUGUGUGUCCUCGCUGUUGGACAAAGUGAGGGAAAGAACAUGGGCGCCACGACUGCCUGAUAAUACAAGUAGAAGCAGUAGGGCUGGAUGUCAAGUUCAUCUUUGGGGUCCAGCAGCUGGACAUGGAGACCCAACGCUCCUCACCUCUGUCGUUCCCCAACGUUCUGCAAGAAGAAACCCCACGUCAGGCCCCUGCUGGACUCCCUCGAGAAACUCUGUUCCAAUCCCACGUUCUUCCCCCCAAAGAAAUUCCUUCUUUGUCUCCCGCCGUUCCCCGGCAAGGCUCCCUACCCCAGAUUCCCAGCGCUCCCAAGCAGGAGACUCCUAGCCAAAUGUCGCAUGCGCUUCAGAAGGGACCCUCGCUCCUGUAUCCUGCCGCGUCCGAGCAAGAGACUCAGAUACAGGGCCCCCUCACUUCCCAAGAGGAGACCCCGUAUCCACCUCCAUCUGCUGCUGAACAAGAGAUCUCGCUUCUCUCCCACUCCACCCACCAUCAAGAAGCCCCACUCCACUCUCCUGAAGUUCCCGAGAGAGACCCCCUGACCCUUUCCCCCACAGUUCCUGAGACCGACAUGGACCCCCUGCUCCAGAGCCCGGUUUCCCAAAAGGACACCCCUUUCCAGAUCUCUUCUGCAGCCCAGAAAGACACACCACUCCCAACGGCAGAGAUCACCCGCUUGGCCGUGUGGGCUGCUGUCCAAGCGGUGGAGAGGAAACUGGAGGCCCAAGCCAUGCGGCUCCUGACCCUGGAGGGCAGGACUGGGACAAACGAGAAAAAGAUAGCCGACUGCGAGAAGACGGCCGUGGAGUUUGCAAACCACCUGGAGAGCAAAUGGGUUGUUCUGGGGACCCUGCUGCAGGAGUAUGGGCUGCUGCAGAGGCGGCUAGAGAACAUGGAGAACCUGCUGAAGAACAGAAACUUCUGGAUCCUGCGGCUGCCCCCAGGCAGCAACGGAGAAGUUCCCAAGGUCCCUGUGACAUUCGACGAUGUCGCCGUCCAUUUCUCGGAGCAGGAGUGGGGGAACCUGUCCGAGUGGCAGAAGGAGCUGUACAAAAACGUGAUGCGGGGCAACUACGAGUCUCUGGUUUCCAUGGACUAUGCAAUUUCCAAACCAGACCUCAUGUCACAGAUGGAACGCGGGGAGAGGCCGGUCAUGCAGGAGCAGGAGGACUCUGAAGAGGGCGAGGUGCCUGCAGAUCCCAGUGCUGCUCAUGACGGGAUCGUGAUUAAGAUCGAGGUGCAGACCAACGACGAGGGCUCUGAGAGUCUGGAGACGCCAGAGCCCCUGAUGGGCCAGGUGGAGGAGCACGGCUUCCAGGACUCGGAGCUGGGGGACCCGUGCGGCGAGCAGCCCGACCUGGACAUGCAGGAGCAGGAAAACCCACUGGAGGCAUCCACGGAGAGCUCGGGCGAGUUCAGCGAGCUCAAGCAGAUGCUGGCGCAGCAGAGAAACUGCGCAGAGGGGAUCGUGAUCAAGACGGAGGAGCAGGAGGAGGAAGAGGAAGAGGAGGAGGAGGACGAGCUGCCGCAGCACUUGCAGUCCCUCGGGCAGCUGUCCGGGAGGUACGAGGCCGGCAUGUACCCGACCCCCCUGCCCGGGGAGCUGUCCCCCGAGGGCGAGGAGAGCCCCCCGCCGCUGCAGCUGGGGAACCCGGCGGUGAAGAGGCUGGCGCCCGCGUCGCACGGCGAGCGGCACCCGGGCGAGAGCCGGGGCGCGGGCAGCCAGCAGCAGCGGAACCGCCGCGGCGAGCGGCCCUUCACGUGCAUGGAGUGCGGCAAGAGCUUCCGGCUGAAGAUCAACCUCAUCAUCCACCAGCGCAACCACAUCAAGGAGGGGCCGUACGAGUGCGCCGAGUGCGAGGUCAGCUUCCGGCACAAGCAGCAGCUCACGCUGCACCAGCGCAUCCACCGCGUCCGCGGCGGCUACGCGUCGCCCGAGCGCGGGCCCGGCUUCGCCCCCAAGCACGCGCUCAAGCCGCGCCCCAAGUCGCCCAGCUCGGGCAGCGGCGGCGGCCCCAAGCCCUACAAGUGCCCCGAGUGCGACAGCAGCUUCAGCCACAAGUCCAGCCUCACCAAGCACCAGAUCACGCACACGGGCGAGCGGCCCUACACGUGCCCCGAGUGCAAGAAGAGCUUCCGCCUGCACAUCAGCCUGGUCAUCCACCAGCGCGUGCACGCGGGCAAGCACGAGGUGUCCUUCAUCUGCAGCCUGUGCGGCAAGAGCUUCAGCCGCCCGUCGCACCUGCUGCGCCACCAGCGGACUCACACGGGCGAGCGGCCCUUCAAGUGCCCCGAGUGCGAGAAGAGCUUCAGCGAGAAGUCCAAGCUCACCAACCACUGCCGCGUGCACUCGCGCGAGCGGCCGCACGCCUGCCCCGAGUGCGGCAAGAGCUUCAUCCGCAAGCACCACCUGCUGGAGCACCGGCGCAUCCACACGGGCGAGCGGCCCUACCACUGCGCCGAGUGCGGCAAGCGCUUCACGCAGAAGCACCACCUGCUGGAGCACCAGCGCGCGCACACGGGCGAGCGGCCCUACCCCUGCACGCACUGCGCCAAGUGCUUCCGCUACAAGCAGUCGCUCAAGUACCACCUGCGGACCCACACGGGCGAGUGAGCGCGGCCCGCCCCGCCGCCCGGCCCGAGCCCAGGCCCGGGCCCGGCGGGCGGGGACGGGGCGCCCCCGAGCCCCUUUGCUGUGAGCCCCCCUCUCCCUUCGCCCCUCCUCCCAAGGACGCGGGGUAGCGAGACCAGGUCGCUGGCUGCCGCGUUUCCCCGGGGCCCCAGGGGGGGAGCGCGGACCUGGGGAACCCCUUCGGGCUGUUAAUUUCCUUGACAAUAAAAUGGAUGAAACCAAUCAGCACGGGGGGCGUGAUUUGGCCGCCGGCCACUCGGAGGGGCGGGGCGGGGCCACUUAGUUGGGGAUA